AAAGAAUAGAGAAGAAAAAUCAAACCAAAAUUCUGUCCAUUCAGAUUAACCUGAAGCGUCGUCGAGAAUGGAUUAAUACGUCUACCUGCCAUUGGAAACUUUUCAGUAUUCACUUGAUCUUCAUUCGGUGUUUUAUUUUAUAUGUUACUUUUUUCUCAUUGUUUUAUGCUAUGAAUCUGUUGAUCAUUUUGAUUGUUUUCAUUUCCGCAUCCACGGUCAAUUGUAGCCAAUCUCUUUGGAGAGGAAUCAUUCCAGGUACUAAAUGGUGUGGAUUGGGCGAUGAAGCAAAACAUUACAAUGACCUUGGUAAACAUGUUGAUGUCGACAAAUGUUGUCGAGCUCACGACCACUGUCCCAUCAGAAUGCGAGCUUUUAGAUAUGGUUAUGGAACAAUCAACUUUUCCUUGUACACAAGAUCUCAUUGUCGUUGUGAUGAAGCUUUUUUCAAUUGUCUGAAGUCAACAAAAUCAGAUCUUGGUGAUUUAAUUGGAAACUUUUAUUUCAACAUCAUGCAAACUUGUUGUAUCGACGAUGCUCAUCCAUGUGAGUCCAUAUUUGAUCCCAUUUGUAAAGAUGGAUUACUAUUCCGUGAUCGACCCAAAUCAAUGCCAAGGACAAUCUUUGUACGAAACAGAUUAAAAUAUUAACUAAACUUUGGUUACCUCAACAUUUCCGUUUCCUUAUAUACCAAAUUGGAUUUUACUCUUUUUUAAAUUAAUCUGUGAUCAUGUGUGUAUAAUUUGUGUAAAUUUUUGUGAUGUAUUAAAACGCAGAAUUUAAGAGA